CGCCCACCUACCCAAACAAGCACCUCGACGUCCUCGUGCCAUCAAACUAACGUAAAACACCUGGCGCGCUUCUCGAGGACAACGAUUCUGUCCAAGUACCUCGGUUAGGCAUUCUAUACUAGAGGCAGACCUUCGCAGAACCUGCCAGCAGCCCUUGGCGCUGACCAGCGACGCCCCUAUCGAAUUCUCUGCCUCAAUCGACCACCCGCCCUCGACAUUGCAACAAAAUCGCGUCUCCCUCGACUCCAGCCAUCCUCUGCGUCGGUGCCGGACACUUCCAAUUCUUGCUCCGUUCAAAACCUCGAGUUGCGCGGCCGGCCGAUCUGAUACCCGGCGGCACAUGGUCUGCAUCGCUAAGCCCAACGUCCAAGACCCCCACACCGGUGCUGGUGCGCAUCCUGCCCAGCGCCGUCAUACAGGGCUACCACCAUGUUUUGGAGGUUUGGCGGCUACGCCAACAUCUCGACCAUCGACACCAUACUUGACAAAGAGAACUUUACCCUCGAAGAGUUGCUUGACGAAAGCGAUCUGAUUCAGGAGCUCAAGCAGCCCAACUCAAAGCUCAUUGAGUACCUGCGUGAGGAGAAGGUCCUCGAGAAACUGCUCGACUAUGCUGUAGCCCCCCGACUAGAAGUCUUCGAGACUACAGAUGAUCAGGAUGACGAGUCUGGCAAGGGCAAGAACCGCCUGCUGUCCUUCUCGCGGCCCCGCGCAUCGUCGCGCACGACUGACGCAACCGAGAACGAGGACGACGAGGCGGACAAGAAGCGCAAUCGCUAUGCUUUUGUCUCGUGCGAAAUCUUGUCCUCGGAUACCUGGUCCAUCUACGAAGCUUUGACGGAGAACCGCGAACUCAUCCGCAAUUUCUGGAACUUCCUCCAGCGGGAAUCGCCUCUCGAUCCCUUGCAAGCGAGUUACUUUACCAAAAUCAACGAAUCGCUUUUCGAGAAGAAGACAGACGAGAUGAUGGACUUGCUGCGCAGCCUGCCUGACCCCGUCGGUGAUUUGCUCAAACACGUCGAAUGUCCCAUGGUCAUGGACCUUCUGCUGAAGAUCAUCGCCUUGGACCGUAACGAGGGCGGGCAAGGCGUUGUUGAGUGGCUUUACUCGAAGAACAUCAUCCCGACUUUACUGUCUUUCCUAAGUCCCGAGCACAGCUGGGUCGUUCAGACGGCUGCUGGAGACUUCAUCAAGGCAAUUAUCACCAUCUCGGCCAACGCUUCCCAAAACGAACAGCAGUGCAUCGGUCCUAACGAACUUACUCGUCAAUUGGUCUCGAGAGAAUGUGUAGAACGAUUAGUAGGCUUCAUGCUUGGUGGGGGCAAUGCCCUCACCGUCGGCGUAGGCAUCAUUAUCGAAGUCAUCCGCAAGAACAACUCCGACUACGAUCCUGACGUUGGCGCUGGCAACAGCGCGACGCCCUCGGCGCACGAUCCAAUAUAUUUGGGCACUUUGCUCCGCAUGUUCGCCGAAAAUGUUCCCAAGUUCAUGGAUCUCGUGCUGGGCAGCUCGGCUGAGAAGGAGCGGGCUGACUCGACCUUUGGCCAGAGACUAGAGCCUCUGGGUUUUGACCGUUUCAAGACCUGCGAACUGAUGGCGGAGCUUCUUCACUGCAGCAACAUGGGACUGCUCAACGAGGUCGGCUCGGAGCAGCUCAUAGCAGCACGCGAUGCCGAACGACAGCGCAUGCGCGACGACGGAAAGCUUAGUCCGACCAAAGACGAAGACGUUUCUACGGACGACCUUACAAUGCGCUCAACGCAGACUGGUCAAGAGGAGGCCCGCCGUCUGGAGGUGACCAAUGCAGACGAUGAUGGGUUCGAGGAAGUGGAGCCCAGCAAGGAAAUGAGCGAGGACACGUCGCACGAAUUCGUCAAAGCCGAGGCUGAGACUCCACCUGGCCAGCAGACAUCUCUGCUUGGCAAGGAUGAAGAUGACUUCGUGGACGAGCCUUUAAGUCCCACAGCGCCGCCGUCGGGUGCCAACAAGCCUCAACUCGACGACCCUGAGCUAGUCGUUGCUCCCCUUUCCCCUACAAAGCCCUCAGCUGCACAGCCCGACUCGACAGAUGGCGCAUCGGACUCUACUCAGUCUUCGGCAAACGAAGGUAAUGAAACAAGUGAAAAGGACGCCGCCAAAGCCGACGGAAAGCAACAAACUAGUCUUACUUCAGAGAGCCCGCCGGACGAGGGUGGCUUGGCGCUGCCUGUCACUGGACCUGCUGGAGGUUCAAGCAAGGCACCCGCUCCGAGCGAGGGCCCAUUGUCGCCCCAUCCGGAAGAUACUCCAGCACCACUAUUCUCCGCGCCUUCGGCUCCUGGGUCUGGUGCCGCGAAGCCACCACAGACUUCGGGCAAUGCAACGGAAGAUACGCAAAAUGACCAGUCGGCCACGCUACCAGUCGACGAGCAGGACGAAAAAACGGCCCCGGCAUCCACUGAGCCUGUGGUAGGAGACUUCCUGAAAAUGCAAUUUGUGGACCACAACGUGGUUCCCACGAUCUUGGUACGAGCUCAGGUCCGCUGCUCUUUCUGCACAUACUAAUUGGGCCUAGUCAUUCUUCUUCUCGUACCCCUGGAACAAUUUCCUACACAACGUUGUUUACGACAUUGUGCAACAAGUGUUCAACGGACCCAUGGAUCGUGGCUGCAAUCCUACGCUUGCUAUAUCACUGUUUGAGGCUGCUGACAUUACAGCCGCCAUCAUCAAGGGCCAGCAGGCCAGUGACGAGUCCCACGCCAAGACGAAGACUCGCAUGGGCUACAUGGGUCAUUUGACUCUGAUCGCCGAGGAGGUUGUCAAGUUCACCGAGCGUCACCCACCUGAACUGCUCUCGGAAACGGUCCUGAACAAGGUCAUGAGCGAGGAGUGGAUCAACUACGUUGAGGGAGCCCUCGCCGAAACCCGCGAGAGGGAUAACGCUAUACUUGGAGGUGU